GGGUUAGAGAUUCUAUAAAUUAGCUUCAACUCUUCAUGAAGUAGUCAUCAUCGAAUCAAAGCCAUCAUAUCCUUUGGAUCAUACGUUAUUUGUAUCCUGUAGGAGCAGGAAGCUGUCGAGCUAGCUUCUUUCCUACAAGAUUUUCAUCUGCCAGGUAACAGCGACCUAGCUAUAUACUCUUGAAAAUGGAAUCCAUUGCACGAUCCAACAGUCUUAAGUACGAGUGCCUGCUGUUUGAUAUGGAUGACACUUUGUAUCCGCUGAGCUCAGGUCUCAACUUAGCUUGUCGCAAAAAUCUAGAAGAGUUUAUGUUGCAUUACCUGGAUAUUGAAGAAACCGAAGUGCCAAAGAUGUGCUUGGAGCUAUAUAGGGAGCACGGGACAACAAUGGCUGGCUUGAAGGAGCUAGGAUACGAAUUUGACAACGAUAAAUUUCAUGGUUUGGUGCAUGGAAGAUUGCCGUACGAUGAAGUGCUAAAGCCUGAUCCACUGCUGAGGAACCUCCUCCUUUCCAUGCCACAGCGCAAAAUAAUUUUCACAAACGGGGAUAAAGCGCAUGCUAUUCGAGUCCUCACUAAGAUGGGCUUGGCAGAUUGUUUUGAAGGUAUUAUAUGCUUCGAGACUCUAAAUCCUCCUCAAGAAAAAUAUAAUUAUGAGUAUCAAGUCUCAAAUAAAAGGCAGGGCGAACAAGUUGCUAAACCUCGCAUCUUAUGUAAGCCUUCGCUGGAAGCAAUGGAGGCUGCUAUUCGAAUUGCAAACGUUGAUCCAAAGAAAACUAUUUUUUUCGAUGACAGUGCUCGGAACAUAGCAAGUGGCAAACAAGCUGGACUGCAUACCGUAAUUGUGGGAACCUCGAGUUUAGUGGCAGGAGCAGAUCACGCAUUGAGGAGCAUACACAACAUAAAAGAAGCCAUUCCUCAUAUAUGGGAAGAAGAUGGAGAAUAUCCAGAUCAGCUUCAAGUUAUCCAAUCCAAUGCCGCAGAAUUAACUGUUGUACAAGCAUAACGUACUCCAUGCAUGAAUUUCUAGAAAGAAAUAUAUAUUUGCGUGAAAUUAAAUAAGCCAUUAUAUAUCC